GUAUUAUAAAUUGAUAAAACUUAAACGUGACUACUACGUUUUUGUAUAUCAAUCGAGAUCAGUUGGCAUCUCUGGCCGAAUAACGGCGCUAUUCGCGGAUUCCAUUCUUCUAUCUUUUUCGCACUUCCUUUUUCGUCUCAAAACAAGUAGCGUACCCGUAAUAUGUGUGACGCAGCGAAUUCAGCGAAGCCGUGGCAGCUUUCCGGUGUGUACGGCAAUGGGAUUCCGGCGCUGUGCCUGCUGCACCAGGAGAUCGAGCAGUUCUACAGCUAUAUCCAGUCCACGCCCACGGAGUUCUAUUUCAGGGCAGAGGCGGUGCGUCGCAUCGAGGACGUUGUGCUUGCUAUCUGGCCGGGCGCAUGCGUGGAGGUCUUCGGCUCCUUCCGCACGGGGCUGAACCUGCCGGACUCGGACAUCGACCUGGUUGUACACUAUGGCCACUAUUGGAACCCCGGAACCCCGUUGCACGAGCUUGAAAGCGAACUGGUGGCCCGCGGGGUCCCGGAGCCGGACACCGUGUGUGUCCUGGACAAGGCCUCCGUGCCGGUGGUCAAGUUUACUGAACGGGUCUCCCGGAUCAAGUUCGAUGUGACCUUCAAUGCCGCCGCUUCCGGUGUCCAGGCCGCCGAGCUGAUCAAGGAGUUCAUCCGCCAGUUCCCCGAGCUGCCAAAGCUGGUAAUGGUGCUCAAGCAGUUCCUCAGCCUCCAGGGACUAAACGAGGUCUACAGUUCCGGCGGAGUCUCCUCCUACGCCCUCACCCUCAUGGUCAUCAGCUUUUUGCAGCAGCAGGCGCGCAACAACAAGCGCUAUACCAGCAACAACAAACUGGGUCUGCUGCUUUUACAGUUCCUGGACUACUAUGGCCGCAAGUUCGACUUCUUCAAGUACGGAAUCUCCGUGCUCGGAAACGGCGGUUGCGUAGAGAAAGAAAGAUUGCGCUCCGCGCUGGGCGAGAACAACUGGCAGUCGGUACUCAGCAUCGAGGAUCCCGUGACGCCGGCCAACGACAUCGGAAGAAGCUCCUUCGCGGCGCUGCAUGUGAUUCAGGGAUUCGAGGCCGCCUUCUUAAAGCUUUCCAAGCUGGUGGACUCCGAUUCGGCCAAGAUCGUGGGCCCCAUCCUGGCCAGUAUUGUAGAGGUACCGCAGUCCAUAGUCAACUACCGUGCGUGGGUGCACUACAACUUCCAGCACUUGUUGGGACCGGAAUCAUCUGCUCCCAAUCCGAAUGGUCAUAGUCAGUCGGGGAUCCCGAGCUCUUCCGUUUCCGCAUCCGAGGACGAGCGCUCGGAUGGCCAGCUGACUGUCCGGAACGGAUUCCGCCGCUGCGGGGAUGGUCCACCACAGAAAUUAGACUUAGACCUAGCAAACCUUAAGUUGAAUUAAGUAUUUUUACGUUAUGCUACUGGUGAUUUUACUUUUAUAAACUAAUUAUCAUAUUUUAUUUGCAUACUAUUAUGCUCGGCAUAUGAAAACUAAAAACAGCAAUUACUUAUUUUAUUAUUAACAAUUUAUGUGUAAUUAAAAAAGGGAAAAAUGUUUUCGAAUGUAGUUCAUUUAAUUGACUAAACAUACUGUAAAAGAAAAUCCCAAAAAAUGUAAAGCCUAAUUGUACUUGUGACAUAUCUUAAAUUAAAUAAACAUAAGACCCUUGUCGAACAUACAUAUAUA